AUGUCCGAUAAUCAAAUGAUUUGGGUUGGCAGGCAUUGUAGCCUCCAUACUUGCAGACAGACAGAUUUCCUACCGAGUAAUUGCGUUUACUGCCACAAAGAUUUCUGCGCUGAACACGCACCUCCUUCUUUGAAUUUCAGCGAUAGCAAUCACUUAUGUGAUGCGUAUAAGGCUUCAAUAGAGGCUAAGAAUGGCAGAUCAAAGAACACGUACAAUGAAAUGAGUAUUUGUGGCUUGGAGAGCUGCAAUACAAAGCUAGUAUCCCCUAUUAGGUGUACAGAAUGCGGCCUCAGCUUCUGCACUUAUCACUACCACACAAACACACAUAAUUGCAAGAAACAUAGCAGGUUGGCUAAUCAAGGGCGUUCUGCUGCGUCUAACAAUGCUGGUUUGGCAGCACUUAAGCGCCUAGGACUGUCAAAUAGCAGUCAUACUGAACCUAAAGAGCCACAGUCACGGCCAGAACGACAAAAUAGCCAAACAACAGAAAAGCAAUCAAAGAGCGUUUUAUCAAAUAUUAUACCCAACAUGGAUAGAAUACAGGCAGGCGGAUCAACAAAAUCACCAAUUACCUCAUUUAAAAAUGAUAAGAGAAGCAAGAGUGAGCGUGAUUCGCAGCUGAAAGCACUACUAGAGCGAGAGAAGAAGGGCAUUCUGUCAUCAAAUGAUAAAUAUCGCCUUGCAGAGUUUAGAGCACUCGAGAACCAGUCGAGCAAGGGUAAAGAAUGCAAGGUUCAAUAG